UUUUGAGCACAGGGAUCUGAACCAGAUCGUGAAAAGAAUUCUACGUAGGCCUAUUUACUUACGUUAUUGAUACUAAUCACCUACAAGAAUGAGCGAUGGAAAGGGAGCACCAGGCUAUCCGCCCCAGUAUGGACAGCCCUUACAAAAGCCACCACCUGGCUAUAGUGCAGUGCCACAACAUCAACCGUAUGGCCCACCGCCAGGAGCCCCAAUGUACCAAGGUGACCAUCCCCAUUUUCAACCUCAGAUGGGACCCGGACAAACACAGAUUCAAGUGGUACCUCCGCCUCAGACUUUCUCGGAACCCCCUCCACCUGAUUACAUGACCAGAGCCAUUUUCACUACUGUCUGCUGUUUCUGGCCUGUGGGAAUAUUCGCCAUAAUGAAAGCCAGUGAGGCCAAAAAUGCCUAUGCUAGAGGCGACUUUCAACGGGCAAGAGAACAUUCAGACUCUGCUAGGCGACUUUCCAACAUCGCCAUUUUCGCUGGUGUUGCCAGCAUUGUUGUGUCCAUGAUUAUUGUUGGAGUGUAUGUGGGCCUGAUCAUGACCAACAUGAGGAGUUACUAAAAUGAGGGCUGGUCCAUAUAGACAAACCAACAUGUUAUUGAUGGUGGUGCAUGUAGCCAGUACAUGAACAGGGCAGUUAUUGGGCACAGGGACCUGAGAACUUGUUACAGUCUAUGUAUAUUAGGGAUAUGAGGUUUUGAUAUAGUCUAGAUGUAUAUCACCCUAUCCUGGUGUGUAUAAUGAAGGCUAAAUGUUAAAUCCAGUUCACUGAAACCUACAGAAAUGUGCUACUACAUCCACUUGUUUAUGUCCAGAUACACAUAGACUGUAUCAAAUUCUCAGGCCGACGUGUGUUGUUAUGAGGUUAGAAUUUCCAUGUUGUAAGGUGUAGUUUUAUUUGUAGUAUAGUAUUCUUAUUCUUACUUUACUGAAACAAAAAUCAUGACCAAUUGAUAGAUUUAUAAAUUUGAAAACUGAAAAGAUGAACAAAAAGUAUAUUUUUUAAUUUUGAAUCUAAGCAUAGACAUUUUGUGUGAUAAUCUAUUUGAUAUAGAAAUGAUAAAUGAAGAACAAUAUACAGUGUAUUUUUAUUAGGUAAGAUUAUUUUAGCUGUAUUUUACAUUAAUUGUAUAAAGAUAAUCUGUAAUACUGGUGUUGAUUGUCCCAUGUUUAAGUAUUUACACAUUAAUUAUCUAUAUUGUGCAGAAGAUUGUAUCAUCCCUUUCUUGCCACAGAGGUUGUUCAGUUGAUUACUGUUAAAGAAGAAAUAUGAUGAUUAUAGUACAUAGUUGUACCCAUUUGUCUGGAAAAGAGAUAUUUAUUAUAUAUAAUUAGUUAAUUUUUUUUUAUAAAUUUCUCAGAAAAUAUAUUAGGUACAAAGCAUACAAAAUUAGUGUUUGAAAAGAUAAUCAAUUUUGAAACUCAAUGCAGGAUAGCCAUGUUUUUUUUUUAACAUGGCUGAGAUUCCAAGACAAAAAUGAUUUUAUUUUGUGGAUUUUGAAAAUUUCACAAAUUUGUUGGAUUUUGAGAAUUGGAUUUAACUCCCUAUCAUUUUUUCAUUUUUACAAAUCUUGAAUAAGAAUUAAAAUUAAUAUACAAUAUAGGGUCUCGUGAAAGUGUCUUUCCUUCUGAAUUUACAUAUUUGUCAUGGACUCUUAAAGAGUUUCAUUGAGUCUGAUUUGGAGUAUUAAUUCAAUUUACUUAAUAUAAUUCCCGUAAAUAAUGUAUUAAUACAAUUUAAUAUAUAUAAUGCCUGUAUAUAAUGUAUAAGGAUUUGAAGAUUACAGGGUCACAAAAUUCAUGAUGUUGGGAGUCUUGAAAUUCUUUAUUUAUUUUGAAUUCUGUAUGUUGAAAUGUAGCUGUUAAUGUUAUAGGAUUUUAAAAAUUAGGACCCUAUAUUUUCAAAGUUUUACAAAUUAUAGUAGUUGUAUUCAAUGUCGACCAAAUUCUUGCUUUAUUUCAGCACCACAACUUGUCCCAGUAUUCUACCUCUAAAUCUCGGCCUUUUUUUCCGAGUUUUCUAGGUGUGAUGACAGUCCUAUCAACAAUGUGUAUAUCCAAAAGAAAGAGUUUAAAGAUUAAUUAUUGAUUCUGCCUUGAUUCAGUGAUUAAUCACAAAUUCCCAACCCCAUGGCCUGUAAGAUAUCUAAAUUAUAAGAUAUUUGUUGCCAUCCUCUAGAGGGGCGAAAAUGGGAGAUCUCCCACCAAGGGGUUGUUCAAAGUGGAAGAUUUAGGGCGGCGACAUUUUAACAACAUAAAAUUGUUUUUGUGCAGUAUUUUUCGUCAUGAAGUACCCAAUGUUGUUUUAUUAUUAAGACACUUAGAAGAAGGACCACUGCAAAUCUGUGUCAAGUCCCUCUAGAAGCAGCUUAUAAUAGUGUCAGGACUAUGUGAACUGAAGUAGAUCUAGAAUCCUACCACAAGCCUCUUCAUUGUGUUCUCAUGACUUAAGCCCCAGUGGCCAUGCUAUUUAUUAGAUGGACCAUUGCAAAUCCCAAGUCCCAGUGGCAAUGCUACUUAAUAGAUGAACCAUUGCAAAUUCAAGUCCCUUUGGCCAAGAUACUGAAAAGAUGGACCAUUGCAAAACCGAAGUCCCAGUGGCAAUGGUACUUCAUAGAUUGACCAUUGCAAAUUUAAGCCCCAGUAGCCAUAAUAUUAAUAUAUGGACCAUUUCAAAUUCUAGUCCAAGUGACCAUGAUAUUUAAUAGAUGGACCAUUGCAAAUCACAAAUCCCAGUGGCAAUGCUACUUAAUAGAUGGGCCAUUGCAAAUUCUAGUCCAAGUUGUCAUGACAUAAAUAGUUGGUCCUUUGUAUUGUACCUAAAAGGAAGUGUCCUCUUCUGUAUGCUUUUGUAAAAUAGAUAAAUUUGGAUUAGUUUGUUUAGAAGUAGUAAUCAGGUUGAUGGCAUUUACAGUGAUUUACUGAUUAUAAAAUACAAUUCGACCGUCAUCUCUCUGUUUGGUACACUCUAUUAAAGUAAGCUACUCUAAAUAGAUAUAGGAUGGUCAGAUUAUCACCAGAUGUUUUCUCUGAUUGGGUGGGUAAAGGUAUUGGGUCACCUGCCCUACCAUGGGAGUUUAUUUCAUUAUCUUUUCUGCAAAGAAAAUAUUUGUCUCUUUUGCAGUCUUUCUGUUCACAAAUGGUUUCCAUACCCCAGGUAGGCUUAUUUAUAAGCAUACUUACACCAAAGUUUUAUUAUCUUGAAAACAAUUUGUAUUCUUAGAAAGCUGACCCCCAGGGGAAAUGUUGCCACAAUAAUUGAAAUUCACAUUAAUACUAUAAUUUCAUAUCCAUACCUGAAUUUGGCUUCCAUUUUAGGCUUUUUUUGAUUAUUUUUCCCAUUCUUUUAAGCAUCAACAAAAUAAUUGAUGAAUGUGAGGUAUCUCUUAGCAAAACAAGCGUGAUUGGCUUGAUUUUUUGUUUAUAAUGAUAAAAGAACUUUUGAGUUAAUCGGUGUAAAAUUAAUCUGCACUAUUGGCACUUUAUGGGGUCUAUAUAUUGACAUUGUUCUCAUUGUGGUUUUGAUCAGGUGAAAUACUGUAAAGUGCUUUUUAAAAAAUGCUUUUAUAAUAUAGUGAUGUUGUCAUUUAUUACUGGGCUGUAUGCAUUGAAAAAUGCAGUGAUAUUGUGUUUCAUAAAUUAAUAUUUUUCCAGAUCAAGUUCUGGCUGAUGAAAUCAAUGGGUUAUUAUGUAUACCAAGACACACAAGAUAUUUACACUUUCCAAUAUAAAUUGAGAGUUGGAUACAGUAGAGACCAAAAAUGAAUGAACCUACAUCUUAUAGCUAUUUCGUCCUUCUAGAACUCGUCAGUGAUGUUAUUGGCCUGAUCUUACCCUGGUACUCUCCUAAAGCCUCAUGGGCUGUCGGGGUUUUUUGCCUCUAUUUUAUGAAAAAAAGUGCCAUUUGAAGUUAUUUUGUUGACAGUUUUAAUGUGUUCAAAUACUUUUACAUUUUAAAAAUUUCACUUUGAAAUGAAGUUAAAUGAAUUACAUGCAUUUGUUUUUAUACAGACAGUUUUUAUAUGGACAAGGUUAAUUACGUUUCUGUUUAGAACUGAUACCGUUGCUUGCCUUAUUAAAUACCAUAGAAUAUGCAUUACUAAUAUUCUGAAUUACUUUAUGUUUUGUUGAUAUAUAAAGUGACAGAAAUGGUUUUGAUAAUUUGGUAUUUUAGAAUUUUCAAUAUAGACAUUCAGUUUGGUUUUUCCUUCUUUUAAAUGGAUUUUGUUUGGUUUAUUUUCAGAAUGAAAAACAAUUAUAUUUUUUACAUUUUUUUUUUUUUAAAACAUGAUUUGUCUAAUUGUUACUAUCAUUUAUCUAGUUUUUACUAUCAUGAACAGAUAUAAAGGUUUGUUGUAAUUUUUCAACAUACGUGUAUAUUUCAAAUAAACAUGUCAGUAUAAAA